AUGUGUUUCGGAAGGAAGUCAGAGGACCCCGAGUCCCGAAGAAAUGAGGCAAUUGAGAAGCAAUUAAAGCUGGACAAGAAGAAGCAGGAGAGAGAGGUGAAGCUGUUGCUGCUAGGUGCUGGAGAAAGUGGAAAGUCCACUGUCCUCAAGCAAAUGCGAGUCAUACAUGCCGGUGGCUUUUCCAGAUCUGAAAGGAAGCAGUGGCGGGUGGUUAUAUUCAACAAUCUUGUCAAUGCUUUCCAAAUACUCUUCGCUGCUAUGCAAGAGCAGGAUACGGAGUUCGAAGAUGAAGACAAUAUUAGACUCGCAGACUUGGUAGCAUCGGAUCCCGACCUCAGUCCCGAGGACCCUCUGCCAAUCGACUGUUUACAUGCCUUCACAAGUUUGUGGGCAGAUAAAGGCGUACAACUGGCCAUGCUCAAAGGCAACGAGUACGCUCUGCAUGACAAUCUGAGCUACUUUUUCGCAGACAUCGACAGGCUCUUCGCAAGAGACUAUAUGCCAACUGAUCAAGAUAUCUUGCGCACAAGGUUAAGAACAACUGGAAUUACGGAAACAAUCUUUGACCUGGGUAACCUCACGUAUCGAAUGUUUGAUGUCGGUGGUCAGCGGUCCGAACGUAAGAAAUGGAUCCAUGUCUUUGACAACGUUCAAGUGGUAUUGUUUCUUGUUGCCAUCAGUGGGUAUGAUCACGUACUCGUAGAAGAUCGUAAUGGGAACCAAAUGCACGAAGCACUCAUGCUGUUCGAAUCAAUAUCCAAUUCAAAGUAUUUCCACAAUUCUGCUUUGAUAUUGUUCCUCAACAAGAUAGACCUCUUUCGAGAAAAAAUAUCUUCCGGCAUGAGUCCUAUCAGCAAGCACUUCCCGGAUUUCACCGGCAAGGCCAACGAUAUCAGAGCAGGCGAGGAGUUCUUUGCCCAGAAAUUCAGAAACCUCGUUCGACAACAGAGGAAAGAGGUAGUGUACGUCCACUUUACGAACGCCACCGAUACGGACUUGUUGCGCAAGACAAUGGCUUCUGUUCAAGAUAUGAUUGUUCAGACCAACCUCGAUAAGCUGAUCCUGUGA